CAACAGGAAGGAUCGGGUAUACAUACGCCAGUCGCAUUCGCUCGGGAAAAUAUUCCAAGUAACCAAGUUUUUGAAAUAUUGUAUCCAAAACAUGACAUUUCAAAUCUCUUACUACUAUCAUCUACCCCUUUAACAGUUUGUCAGCCAGUAUACCAGUACCGACAUACUGUUAUACUGUUAUACUGUCAUACUAUCAUAUCUACAAUACACCUUAGCAAUGCCUUCCUACCUUGACUAUAUUCCAAUGCCUAGACUCGGUCGAAUCGGCCGAAUAGGAUCGGAUUCAUAUCCGCCCGAUCCAGAACCAAAGCCAGACAUCAUCUACUACUGGAGACCCAACCAGAAGCAUGGUUUUCUGUCGAUGUGGUACCCAUCACCGUUCCGUGACAGCUACGACCCGUCCAAAAUUUACCCAACGGCUGAGCACUACUACUUACACCACAGAGCACUCUUAUUCGACGACCCCGAAAUUGCCGCCGAGGUGCUCAGGUGUAAAUAUCCCCACGACGCUAAAGACUUAAUGAAGAAGCUUAAGAACUUUGACCAGACCAUCUGGGAAAAUAAUCGUGAGCGCAUCCUUUACGAGGCAAACUGGCACAAGUUCACGGCACCAUAUAUCCCUCGUAACACCCUCCCCGCUGCCUGUGAGCCAUGGUUUGAUAUGUCCGAUGAGGCGUUCAAACAUUCAAAACGGUUGAAGGCAGCUCUACUAGAGACAGGCGACCGACAUAUUGUUCAGACAUCAGUGUUUGACUACCUUUGGGGCAACGGAAUUUGUUGGAUGGUAUCGUGGCAACGACGCCUGAGAUGGGGUCUCAAUCUUCAAGGAAUAAUCCUCAUGCAGAUACGAGACCGUAUCCGACGCGAUGAAGAAAUGAUGGAGAGCCUAGAAAACUGGGAAUCCCCUAAGGCUCCUCAGAAAUACUGUCUUCGAUUUCGACAGCUUGACUGAAAUGCGGUUUACUAGAUUAUGACUUGAUGGGGGUUGCCGGGCAAACAGAACGAAAUAAGGCCGAAAUACUCAGGUUAAGCUUGGCUUGUUUAAUGUAUUGAGGCAUAGCUACUGCUUAGAGUUAGUAAAUUGCGGUUUUCCAUGCGUGUCCAUAUAUGCACCUUUUUGUCUAUCAU